CCGGACCUAUUAACACUGCACACUGUAUUAGUCGUGCAGACUGUGUAUCCACGAGUGUGUAAACAAACAGUACACGAGCUGCAGUUAGCUGUUUUUCGGACAAGCCUACUUAGAAAUCUUUGUAUUUUCCGGCUCCGGAUGGAGAUAUUAGGAAGCACUUUUGACGACUCUGUGUUUUCGGAGGCGAGAGACCGAGUCUCGGUGGCUCUGUCUUCUUACAACGCCAAACUGUGUGAACCAGAGUGGUUUUGUGAGAGUACUGCUCUCGAUACAGAUGAUUCUUUGGAGAAGCAGAAAGUCUAUAAGUUUAGAGGUGACUUGGCUGUGAGACAGGGGAACUAUCAGAAAGCCUUGGAUGCAUACAGCAGCUGCCUGGUGUGGAUCGCUGACAACAACCUGACCAUCAGAAGAGAUGUACUGGAGGGAAUGGCCCGAUGCUGCACCAAACUGGGACAGAGAGACAGGGCGCUGGACUUGGCUGACUUACUGAGCAAAGAAGCCUCCAACACCAGUCACCUGACCAGCCUUCUGCUGCUCAAGGUUAGCAUCUACCAGCAUUUUGGAGGCGUGGGAUCAAAGAUGUCGUCUCUGCAGCAGCUGUGUAGCCUGCUGCCCUUCAACCCCUGGCACUGGUACAACCUGGGACAGACAUGUCUGCAGCUGCUGGAGAGCGACAGAACCACGGGAACUGGUUCCCCACAGAGGUGUGAGUCAGCAGAAGAGCAGAAUGAUGGAGAGACUGAGGGACAACAGGAGGCGGCAGCAGAGCUCGAUGAGGACAGAAUCUGGCUGAAAGCUUGCACCUGUUUCAUCAGGACGAGACUCCUGUUGAGAAUCCUUCGGCAGCAGCAGUCCUCCUUUGUGUUGCAGCGCAGUGAAAGCACCCUACAGACGACAGAUGAGAUGCUACAGCGGCUAAAUCCCAAAGAAACAACCCUGCAGGCUCUAACUGAGGUGAUGUCAGAGGACCUGAUCACGGAGAAGAUGAGGGAGGACUACCAGGAUGGGGAAAGUCUGGCCAGUGUGUGUGUGCAGAGCUUCAGGGAUCGCUGGUGGAACAAGAUCUUACUGACUGGAGUGCUAGAGACUGAUGGCCGUCAACAUCAGACGCAGAGAGAGACAAAGUCCUGAUGCUCCACUGAUGCCUGUUUACAGAGAGGUUGGCAGACAGGAAGGGACUGAAGAACAUGCUGAAGAUGGUCUCGCAACUGUAUAGAUCCCAUCAAAGAGCAACAGACUGGAUGAACUGAAAGCCAGAUGCAGCUCUUAAAACACAAGUGGACAUUGAGUCUACGGGGCCUCAUGGAUACAUGUGGAAAUACACAAGUCACAAAUACAGGUCAAAUGCUAACUUUUAAUGUUGACAAUCUCAAAAAUAGCAAAACAAAGCACAAUAUUCAAAAGUAUAAAUGCCACUCAAAUGUACCAGAAUGUUUCACGUUCGCCUCCUCACAUAAUUCAAGCACAGUGAGAACUGCACAGUGAAUGUAGUCAUAGUUAAUCCUACAGUAUCAAACACAGACCCAUUAAUGUUUCAUCCACUUCAUUGUGAGUUUUAUGAUAGUGAGUCUGUUCUGCGUUUAGACAGGGGCAAAAAUUUGACAUUUUAAAUUCUUUGAAUGUUCUGCGUAAAAUGUAGCUGAUGCCUUAACAUGUUCAUAUCAUAAAAAUCAUUUUAAUAAAACAAUUACAUUGA